AUGUGCGCGGCCAGUCACCAAAAGAGGCGCCUCGGUGAGGUUGUUUUGUCGUCGUUCCAUAGCCCCGCCGACACGGCAACGCAGGGGUCGGGCGACGUGCACGAGCCGAGCCACAGCCAAGUCUGGCCCCUCUGGGACGAGCAGCAGACACCCCCAUUCGCACUGGAAGGGAUGCCGCUGGACUACAAUCUGGAUAUCAUGGAGAUCUACCAAAAGUGA